AUGGUCAGCGAACUGCCAUGCUGUGGCUCUUCUCAGCAGCAGCAACAGCCCCUUGUGGCCCGGAGCAACCAACGUCUGUGUUGCUCUUGUUUCCCUUCGGCUCUGGCAUUAAUUUCCCUCUUCUCCUGGACUCUCCCACAGGCUCUGAAAGGCUCCAAGAAGCUGAACCUGUCGGUGCAUUCGGUGGGGCGGAUCCCUGGGGGCUAUGUCACCAAUCACAUCUACACCUGGGUGGACCCCCAGGGGCGCAGCGCCUCCCCACCCGCCGGCCUGCCGCAGCAUCAGAGCAGCUCCCUGCGGAAGGACAGUGAGAAGAGGAGCCACCUGCAGCUUCUGCAAGAGGGGGAUGAGAAAAAGGUGAACCUGGUGCUGAGCGAAGGGAAGUCCUUGGGCCUCAUGAUCCGAGGAGGAGCGGAAUAUGCCUUGGGCAUUUACAUCACCGGGGUGGAUAAGGGCUCGGAAGCGGAAAGCACAGGCCUGAAGGUGGGAGACCAGAUCCUGGAGGUGAACGGCAGAAGCUUCCUCAGCAUCCCCCAUGACGAGGCGGUGAAGUUGCUGAAGUCGUCGCGGCACCUCAUCAUGACCGUGAAGGACAUCGGGAGGCUGCCUCACGCCCGCACCACUGUGGACGAGACCAGAUGGAUAGCGAGCUCCCAGCUCGGGGAGAGCCCGGUGAACACGGCAGGGGCAGCUGGCGAGCCCCCAGCAAAGGCAACAGCAAAGGCCGAUAUAUCUUUUUUGAGACGAGGCGAUCACAUCUGUACACAGUAUUCAAGAUGCGGGCGCACCGCGGUUUCUUAUUUCAUGGAGAUAAUAUUUCAUGAAGUAAGAAAGCUACAAGAGCGGGCGACCAUGGCCUACUACCUGGACGAGUACAAGGAGACCAACAUCUCGGUGGACUCCCUGGUCAUGGCUCUCUUCGAGCUACUCAACACCCAUGCCAAGUUCUCGCUGCUCUCCGAGGUGAGGGGCCUGCCUGCCCCGCAGGACCUGGAUCGCUUUGACAACCUGGUGCUGAAGCGGGAGAUCGAGUCCAUGAAGGCCCGGCAGGCCUCGGUGCCCAGCGCCGACUCCUACUCCGUGACGUCCUGCAGCGACACCGGCUCCUCCACUGGCAGCCACUUCACCGCCACCACCGUCAGCUCGGCCCGGGAGCGGCUCUUGUGGCUAAUCGACCUGAUGGAGAACACAUCCGACCUAGAGGGAAACGGAGAGGGACUCCAGAACAGUAUUAAUGCCCUGCCAGACAUCUCUCUGGACGAUGUUUCGUCUUUCCCUGAGGAACCACCCAGCUUUAAGCCCCCACCCCCUUUUCCAGCUCUAGCUCUGGAUUCCUCCACUGCUCAGCUCCGAAAUGCAGCAACAGACACACCCAAGCGCCCUUCCUCCGAAUCCUCCCAGUCGGGCCUUUUCUUCAUGGCCCCUCGCAGCCCCACCCCGUCUCCCAGCCACCCCGAAAAGGAUGCGGCCAGCAUGGCUUCCACCUUGGCCUCCGUGUCCACCGAGGAUUCUGGCUCGAGCGCCAUCUAUGCCGCUGUGUCCCCUGCUGGUCACAGCACUAGGCGGCACAUGGGUGCCCACUUGUCCCUGGUCAACCAGCACCUGAUAGGCCCCUUCCCCAGAGUUCAGUCUCCAACCAGGCUGAAGACUCCCUCUCCUGAGAGCACCCCAGCCAGUAGCCUCCCGACACCUGCGCCUCUAUCCCCUCCCCCACCCCUGGCGCCCCUGGAGCCAGACAAAGGCAGCCCGCAGUCCGCGAUCAACCAGCACUUUAUCAUGGUGGAGGUGCAUCGGCCCAACAGCGAGCCGGACGUGAACGAAGUGAGACCCUUGCCCCAAGCCCGAGCCUCCACGCUCUCCCAGCUCUCGGACAGCGGGCAGACCCUCAGCGAGGACAGCGGGGUGGACAUCGGCGACACGGAGCUGAGCGGCAAGGACAGGAGCCGGCAGCAGAUCCCUGGGAGAUGCCGAAGCCCCAAGGAGGCCCCGAGAAGUGACCGUCCAGCAGAGGCAGCCUCCAAGCCGCCCGGCCUCCUGGAGCCCACCUCGUGUCUGAUUCGAGUGGCGAAGAGCGCGCCCACCCUGGGGAUCGCCAUCGAGGGCGGGGCCAACACCCGGCAGCCUCUGCCCCGGAUAGUCACCAUACAGCGAGGAGGCUCCGCUCACAACUGCGGGAAGCUGAAGGUGGGGCACGUGAUCCUGGAGGUGAACGGCACGACGCUGCGGGGGAAGGAGCACCGGGCAGCCGCGCGCAUCAUCGCCGAGGCCUUCAAGGCGAAAGAGAAGGACCACGUCGAUUUCCUGGUCACCGAGUUCAAUGUCGCCCUUUAGGGAGCUCGGCCGCCCCCGAGCCAAACGGACGGGAGAGCGAGGCCGCCGGGCGCUGGAUCCGACGGGGCUUUGGGCAGAGCAGCA